AUGGAAGAUUACAGUUCUUCGGAAACCCCUCGAAUAGAGGAAGAUUACGGAAACAAGGACAACGUAAACAGGGAAAAUCGAAGUGAAAUGGAUGCAUCAAUUCCAUUAGAAGCUAGAAGAAUGAAUUCAUCGUACUCACAUUCUUUGGCCAGGACCAUAACGUCCACGAUAGGAAAUGAGCUUCGAACGGUGCCGUCGUUGCAGGAAAUUGAGGUGGAGAGUACGAUAGGACCGUCACGGCCUCAGUUUUGGAAGCCUGGGAACAUCAUGUCGGUGGAAGACACUCCUUUCUCCAAGAGAUAUCUAGUACUACUUGAAGUGGUCUUUGGGUCCAUUCUAGGAAACAUGGCAAGGAUUUCUCUCACCAAGUUGACCUCAUAUCAAAACGAGUACCUUCAUUACUCUCCAGGUUCGUGUCUUUGGUCGAACUUCUCGGCAUGUUUUAUUAUGGCUUGGUGUAACCAUGCUGUUGGUUUUUGGGACAGCCUACUUCUUGAUUCUGGAAAGAAUAACAUGAAACAGAUGGCGUUGCAUACUGGAAUUACUGCCGGAUUUUGUGGAUCGUUUUCCACGUGGUCCAGCUUGGUUGCCGAACUCUUGUUCAAGACUAUAGAUGCACUCAACGGUGGUUAUCCAUUACCAAAUAGUGGGUACGGAGUUUUGGAGUUCUUUGCUGUUCUUCUUAUUCAGAUGGGCGUCAGUUUCUUUGGAUAUUACCUAGGUAGGGACUUUGCUGCUCUUCUAGACUUAUGGGCUGUUUUUAACAGAGCGUCCAGAUUACUCAACUACAAGGUAUGCCGUAUAUUUGAGCUCACCACUGCCGGAUUGGCUAUAGCAGGAUUCAUUGCCAACUUAGUUCUCACCUGUACACUUCCUCUUGACAACUUCUGGAAGAAAGAUUAUUCUCUAUCGAUCUUAUUUGGAGUUGUAGGGGCCAUUUUGAGAUUUCAAUUGUCCAAAUACAACGGAAAGUUUCAUAUGAAGUGGUUCCCUGCAGGAACUUUAAUGGCCAACGUAUUGGCAUGCACAGUUUUAGCCGUGGUUACACUUUUGAAUAAUGGUUAUAUCGAUUCUUCUACACAGAGUCGGAUUGUUUCCAACAAGGUUCAUCGGAUGGUUAUUAAUGCGUUUGUAUCCGGCUUUUGUGGUUCUCUUAGUACAAUCUCAUCCUUUGUUAACGAGCUCUACAACUUGAAACAUCCUAUUCAAAGAUAUACCUAUUUUUCAGUCACCUUUCUACCCUCAUUUAUUAUUAUGCUACUCAUAGAUGGUACCUUCGUGUGGACGAGGGGAUUCAUACAGUGA